ACUAUGACUUUUAAUAACCCUACAGGAAACAUUAUUUCCGUGUGUGUCAGCACAGCGGCGGUUAGCUACAGUCUGAUGGGACGUGUUCUGCUGUCCAAGUUUUUACAUCACCAUUUGCAUCCUUUCCUUACUCGAAUGUUUACUUACUGUUUUGUAGAUACUGCAGCCUUUGGGGUUGGAUGCCUAGAAGCGACCCUGCAAUUCGAUCUCACGGUAUUUGCUUAAACGCAGCAUUGUUGGUGGAUUUUCAGGUUGAACAUUGUGCGACGCGACACACCGAGGACACUUGGGGGGUGGGGGGUUUGGCUCUGAUCUCCAGAGAGACACCAGGAUGGCAUCUGGAUGGGCCUCAGCAAACAGGGCCAACUUGGCAGCCUCGAAAUUGAUGUGGAGUAACAGGGAUGCAGUGCUCAUUUCAGAACCAGAACAGUCACAUGACACUGAUCGACCUGGAAUCUGUACACAGGACAGUGUCCGAGAGUGGCUUAUAACGCAUGAGGCGGAUGCAAAACCAGACCACAUUCUAGAAGCUUCAUCAGGGCCUCUAAAGAGGAACGCCAGCAGUGAGGAUGACCUAGCAUUGGGCACUGAAGCGUCUUUAUAUGGUAAACAGGGAGUGAGGACUGUCCAGGAAUUUCUGAGGAGUACCAGGCCACGCCCAUAUUUCAGCAGGUGGAACAGCCUGACUUCAGCCACAUCAGCACGGUCAGCUCCACUCAGUGUAAUGGACGUGUUGAACCUUUGGAGUGACGACCCUGAGGAGGUCCUACUGGACCUGGGCUUUGGCUGUGAAGAGCCUGACAUCUCUGGACGAAUCCCAGCCCGCUUUAUUAACAACAAGUCCAGCGCCCGGGGGAUCAACAUCCAGGUUUUUCUGGAUGCCCAAAAGAACCGCAUGGACAUAGAGAACCCUGAUGUCAGCAAUCGGUUCAGACAGUUGGAGGUGCUGCAGCAGGUUACUACUGCGUUCUCGUCUUUGGUUGGCGGCGCGUCAACAGACUCCAGUGCCCAAAUCGGAGCCCCGGAUUUAGGCUCCGCCGAGACCAGGGAGAGGAGGAAGAGGAUGGGAAUGCUGCUUCGCCGAGCCUCCAGGAAAACCCUCAGUCAGCUCCAGAACCAGACUCAGAACCAAACUCAGACCCAGACACAAGAAUUGCAUGACCCAACCCCCACUCCACAGAGUCCCUUAGUCCAGCCACAUCAGCCCACAGCUUGCCUGCCAGACAACCGGACCUCCCUAAAACGAGCCAGACAGUGCCUUGCUGAGAGUAUUUCUUUAACAUCGCUUGUAGAGGAGCAAGGCCCAGCCUCAGAAGUGCCAGAGCCCCCCUUUAUCCCCCAGCAGGCCCAGGAGGGCACUCUCAGGCUCGGGGUUGGGAGGGAGCCUCUUCCCAUGACGUCUCCUGGUGUUCCAAUCAGGAAGAAGCUGCCUGGGGAAGCUAGGGAGUCGUUUGAGAUGGAGGAGAUCCAGAGCUUUGACGAGGGCAGUGUUUCAGAGAGCUACACCGGACCGUCCAACUCCACAGCAGGGUGUGUGAUGAGGACAAACAGCUGCCAGUCUGACAGUAGUGGUUUCCUGGAGGAGCCCUUGAUCCCUUCACUUAACCAACACCCGUUACCUGGAGCAGAGCUCAUGAAGGCUUUGUCAGGCAUGUCUGGGGGCAGCACUGACAGCCAAAUCACAGUGAGGGAAGUUUCCCUGGAUCCCCCCUCUCCCAGUGUCCUUAUCUCAAACCCCUUGUCUCCCGGGUCCCAGUCUUUUUCCCUUCACUCCUCCUCUCCUUCCCUUGAGCCGUCCUCAUCUUCCUUGGACCCAUCCUCUCCUUUCCUGAAGCCCUCAAAUUCCCUUGAGCCCUCCCCUUCCCUGGAUCCUUCCUCAUUGUUGGUGAACCCCUCCUCUCCAUCAGUAAACCACUCUUCUCCUUUCCUGGAGACAUCUCCUUCCUUUGACCCUGCCGCUUCUUCCCUGGACCUCUCCUUUCCUUCCCUAGACACUUUCUCUCCUUCCAUGGACCCCUCCUCUCCUUCCCAGGAUCCCUCCUCUCCAUCCAUGGACCCCUCCUCUCCUUCCCAGGAUCCCUCAUCUCCUUCCAUGGACCCCUCCUCUCCUUCCCAGGAUCCCUCCUCUCCUUCCAUGGACCCCUCCUCUCCUUCCCAGGAUCCCUCCUCUCCUUCCAUGGACCCCUCCUCUCCUUCCCAGGAUCCCUCCUCUCCUUCCAUGGACCCCUCUUCUCCAUCCCAGGAUCCCUCCUCUCCUUCCAUGGACCCCUCCUCUCCUUCUCUGGACACUUCCUCUCCUUCUAUGGAACCAUCCCCUCUUUCCCUGGACCCCUCCACUCCUUCUUUGGACCCCUCUUCUCCUUCCCUGGACCCCUCCACUCCUUCCCUGGACCCCUCCACUCCUUCCCUGGACCCCUCCACUCCUUCCCUGGACCUGUCCUCCCCUUCCUUGUUGCUAUCCUCUUCUCUGGAGCCCUCCAAUUCUCUUGCGCCCUUCCCUUCCCUGGACUACUACUCUCCAUCGGAACCCCCCCACUCCCCUUCUCUGGAGACAACUAGAUUCUCCCCUGUCUCUGAUUCCUUGGAGAUAACCAACUGUGUUUCUGGAGCCAUGCCAAGCCUAAUGGAACAGGCUGUCACUGAGAAAAAUGGAAUCCCAUCGCACUGCAGUGUACCUUGUCAUGAGUCAGAUUCUCUGUCACAGCACUUAAUUAUUAUCAUGAAAACAAAGACAGAAAACUCUACUGUAGAAUCCGAGGAAGCAGUUCCAAUAAGAGGAAAGGGAAAUGAUGGAGAGCAACAAAGGGACAUUGUUCCGACAGAAAGAGGGGGUGUUAUUGAUGAGGACACAGACAGUCCUGGUUCACAUGAAGGUUCUUUGAUGGACACAGUAAUUCUGGAGCAGUUUGGGGAAAAAAUGAAAACAGAAAAAGACAUUAGUUCCAGUUCAGAAGGUCCAUUGUUGGCUUGUGUUGCUGUUCCAGAGAGGGCGAAUCAAAGCUCUGAAUCUUGUUCUGUUCAUCAUUUCUGGGCAUCAGACGUUCCUCUGUUAAGAUCUGGCUCUAACCUUUCAGAGCCUACUAACCCUGACCUCUCAAGUCCAAACCAGUCUUUCUCUCCCCUCACAAUGCUCUGGAAAGCAGGUAGCUCAGAGGGAUCUUCAAGUUUGGUUGUGCCAAAGUGUGUCCCAGAUCCAGACCUAACAACAAAACCGUUAGCAGAGCCACAUAAAGGCCAAUCAUCAACAUUACCUCCAGAGGAUGUGUCUUCCAUAUCCACAUCACCAGCAUUAGCUUUUCCUACAGGAUCCAGCUCAUCCCCAACACAACCACUCUCCUUCUCAUCCCCCAUUCCAACUUGUUCUCUAUCAGUCCUAACCACAACAACAGCCCCAUGCUCAGCCUCAAACGUACCUGCAGCCCAUUCCUUAACCUUGGCUCAUUCUCCGUCUCUAUCUGAUUUAAAAACCCGGCCCGUAGCCCCUGUAGUCCCUCACAAAGGUGCUUUCGGGUCAAGCCGGUCUGUGUCUGUCCAGAUGCCCUCGUGCCUGUCCUCUGUGUCCUGCUCUGCCCUCUGGGGAGCCGGCCUCCCCCACACUGUCUCCCCACUCAGUCCGUCUUUCGAGUCCCAUCCUUUGACCGACCAUCAUAAGCGUAGCUCCUUCUCCAGAAAGGCGCAGUCUGACGCGGACACCUGCCACUAUGGGACACCUCAAAACAUUGCAGUUUCCGCGGAAAAGGCGAACGCAACCUCUGAGGCGGUGUCACUUCCAUCCCUGCCAUCGUCUAAUCUGUGGCUGUCUAGAGACUGUCCGAAAAGAUCCCUAAGUUUCUGUGUGAAGUCCCCCUCUCUGGACAAGUGUCUGUGGCAGGGGGAGGAGGGGGAUGAAGUGGUGGAUGAGGAGGAGGACGAACGGUGGGAAAGGGCCCUGUUCUCUGAGUUGUCCUGUUGCUGCCCCUGUCAUAAACGCUGUAGCUGCUGUUCUCAGAGCAAUCGUCUCAAACUCUCACCAGCUGCUUCAGCUUUCCCUUAUUCCCUGGAUGAGCUCGAGGAACUGAUGCGCUGCGUGAGGAAAUUCCACUGUGUCCUGACAGACAUCGAGAAACAGCUGUCAGAAAACCAGGCUUCGGUGUAUGGCUCCCUAUCUGAUACUUACAGGGAUGAGGAGAAAGAGGUCCGGGAGCUUAGGAGAGCUGUGAAACAGGAAGCAGCCUUGUUGGAACGGCAGCUCACUGACCUGGCUCACCACUAUGAGGACAGCUUCAAAAUGAAGAUGUACAGACUACUGGACGAACAAUCGCACAUCUACACAGAGCUGAGGCUGUCCCCCCUGACUCCCAUGACCAGGCCCGUGCUUAGCCCCGCCCUUAGUCCUGCCCUUAGCCCCGCCCUAAGCGCAGCCUCCUCCAGGACUGUGGCCACACAGUGCUGCCAGCUACCCUGGCUGCCUUUGAAUGACUUGUCAGAUUCCGGUUUUCUUGUCCAGAAGCUGGAACGUGGUUCAACUGACACUGAGCCAGACAAACAGGACUUUGGGGGUUUUAUCCAACAAGCAAGGAAACUUUGACCAGAUAUACAACCAUAUACCAAAAUGUCUGACGUUUCAGAUUUACUGGAACAUAAAUGCUGAGUGUAUUAGAACUGUGUUGACUGUGUAUUGCUUAAAACAUAACAUAUCUAGUGGGGUUUUUCACCUGAAGGAGUCAUUGCGCCACUCUGUUUGAACUGAACUUGAAACACACCACCCUGCCUAACCGACCACUGUCUGGUUCCUCAUCUACAGAUGAUGCUUCUGCUGUAGCUUGCAGACUUUUAUACCAAGAUAUAGGAAGUUAAUUCCAUUGCUAUUAAAGUUCUGGACUUGCAAUGUCCAUGUGCAACAUGAUAAAUAAAGAACAUGAACAAUA